AUGCAGGAAAAGCUCGGCUCUCUUGUAGGCCGCUCAUCCGGUUAUGUUGAGUCUCUCCCAGCGCCAGUGAAGAAGCGGGUAACUGGCCUACAAGGUAUUCAGAAGGACCAUGCCAAGCUCGAGGCCGAGUUUCAGGAGGAGGUACUACAACUCGAGAAGAAAUACUUUGCUAAGUUCACCCCACUAUACGAGAAGCGAGCCAAGAUCGUCAAUGGUGAAAUUGAGCCUACAGACGCCGAAGUCGAAGCUGGCAAGGAUGAAGACGAGGAUGAGGAAGGUGCUGAGGUCGAGAAGGAGGAGGCCGCUGAGAGCAACAUUCCUGCAGAUGCCAAAGGCAUUCCAGAAUUCUGGCUGACUGCUAUGAAGAAUCAGCUGUCAUUAGCCGAUCUGAUCACAGAACGUGAUGAGGACGCCUUGAAGGCACUGACCGACAUCCGCAUGGAGUACCUCGAGAAGCCUGGCUUCCGUCUUAUUUUCGAGUUCGCUCCCAAUGAUUUCUUCACCAACAAGACAGUGUCGAAAACAUAUUUCUACCGCGAAGAUACCGGCUACGGUGGGGACUUCAUCUACGACCACGCAGAGGGUGACAAGAUUGACUGGAAGGCUGGCAAGGACUUGACUGUGAGGGUUGAAAGCAAGAAGCAGCGAAACAAGAACACAAAACAGACUCGAGUCGUCAAGAAGACUGUGCCUACCGAAUCCUUCUUCAAUUUCUUUUCUCCCCCAGCUGCGCCGGGCGACGACGAUGAUGUUGCGUCCGACAUUGAAGAACGUCUUGAGCUCGAUUAUCAGCUGGGUGAGGACAUCAAAGAGAAGUUGAUUCCACGAGCCAUUGAUUGGUUUACGGGUGAGGCUCUCGCAUUCGAGGAGCUGGACGACGGGGAAGAUGAUGGUUUUGAUGAUGACGAAGAAGAGGACGACGACGAGGAGGAAGAAGAAGACUCGGAUGACGAUGAGGAGGAAGGCGGCAAGCCAAGGUCCCAGCAAAAUCAGUCUGAGUGCAAGAACCAGUAG